AUGGCAUAUUCUGGUGCUGGCAAAGUAGAAGCCGAUGAAACCGAUGGCAACUCCUUCAUCGAUGACAGCAUCUUUGAAUCCGAUGAGUUCAUAGACCACACUGAGUUACCAGACACAGCAAUACAUAAAGAAGAUGUAGAAGCUCCCCUCGGAGCCCUCGGAGUACAGGAAGAAUACCUUGCCACUGUUCUCAACCAGGUUAGGACCGAGAUUGCGGCUCGCGCAAGGCAUAAAUGCUAUCGUGAAGGCACCUGCUGGAUUCGGCCGAAGGACACCAUCUUCGCUCUGAAGGAUACCUACAAUGCGCCUUCUGGUAUAUCCCCAGUGCAGUCAUUCACCAUGUUCUCUUUGACUAUCGCGACGAAGGAAGGACUUGAAGCCCACUGGCGCAGAGGCGAUGUGCUGCCUGGUUAUGGUGCCUAG